AUGGAUGGAUACACAGGACCUCGCAAAAGGAGGAAGUUAUCCGCUUCUCAAGCGGCACCCUAUGUUCUACGUCAAUUGCUCGAUGAUGUCCCGAUAGAGCCCGAGAGCGGCGAGUCGGAUGUUUAUAUUACAUGUGUAGAAUACUGGAACGACAAUCUGUAUAUAGGCACCUCCGCGGCUGAGAUCCUACACUUUGUGUCCAUACCGUCCGAACCCACUGAUGAAGCCAACGAGCCCACGUUUAUCCUAGCAUCGCGAUUACAAAUAACCGGUAAUCCGAAGAAGAAAAAUGGAAUCCAGCAAAUUUUACUACUUCCCACUGCUUCCAAGGCGUGUGUCUUGUGCAACGGUGUUGUUACCUUUUACUCGUUGCCUGAGUUGAGUCCCGCCUUUGAAAACACCAGGGUGAGCUGUCAAUGGAUUGGAGGAUUGGACUUGAACCAAAAUGAGAAUGGGAACGCGAUCGAUAAACCGGUAAUUAUGAUUGCACUGUCAAACCGUAUAAUGCUUGUUCGGAUCGGAGAUGCAGCGCAUAAGGUUAGGAAUAUCGAAUUUCCUGGGUGUUUGGUUGGAGCACGUCGAGAUACGAUUGCAUGUGUCGCGGACGGAACCGCAUACUCACUGUUGGAAGUCGAACAUCAGCAAAAGAUUCCACUAUUCCCAAUCUCAUCGACGAGUGAAGUCUUCGAGUCUGGUCAUGUCGAGGAUAUCCCGCAAUCGGCAUCGAAUCUCAAACGCUCUUCUUCUGCAAGUUACGCCAACUCAAAAAUUGACAGGAGAAGUGAACAUAGUAGAAGUACCAGUCUGAAUACGUUUGCAGGAGGAUUAGGCGUUAAUAGCGAUAGCUUACAACCCAAUCCAGAUGAUCGUUCCAACAAUUCUACACCCGGGCCGUCAGAAAAUGAUACUCCCCGAAGGUCUCUAUCAAGGGACCGACGUGAUAUCGAUACAUCAAAGGGUUUGCCCACUCCUCCGAAGGAGCCAGCGGAAGAUAAGCACAAGCCGCUGCCACCAGCACCGAAAUUGGAUAUUGCUCGGUUGAAACCUCACAUAGUCUCUCCAACACCGUCAGAGUUCCUUCUAGUUACUGGCACCCAGAAAAACGAACCUGGAGUUGGCAUGUUCGUCAAUACGGAUGGUGAUGUUGUUAGAGGCACAAUGGAAUUUCAGCAGUAUCCAGAAGCAAUUAUUGUCGACGCUCCAACCGAAUCCGAUCCUAGCUCUGGAAGCCCGGGCUCUUUUGAAGGAUUUGUUCUCUCGAUUAUCAACUUGGAAGAAGAAGAUAGCGUUCAUAAGUACCUCGAAAUACAGCGAUGGGAUGUUGAACCGGGAGAAUAUGGACGCCAGAAGGCCCUGGUGCAAAUACCGACCGUGGAUGGAUUCGAAACUUCUCACGUUGGUAUCAAGCAUACAACCAGUUCAAGCAAGCUCGAUUUCUAUGAGCUUGGGGAGACUCUGCGAAUGGUCAAGUUGAAAACACCUCGCACCGGAGGAGAUACCCCAGCUGAAGAGACCGACCCACGGACGAAUGCAACCAUUGAACAGCCGGGGUUUCCGCAAACACAGGAAGUGAAACGGACAAAGGAAGAGUCUGCUUUUGCUCAUCGUCUUGGAAACGUCCAAACCCACUUAGUUUUAUGGUCCGGAAAUAAGAUAUGGAGAGUCACCAAGAAUCCGUUACCUUUACAACUGGAUGGCCUUCUUCAGAGUGCGCAGACAUGGGAGAAUGGUCGGUUCAAAUCGGUUGAUAGGGAUGCGGUCAUUGAUCUCUUGGAUUCAAUUAAAUCAACUGAACCCACAACUGAAGCCGAGUUCCUUGGUUUAGAAUACAUCAAGCAAAAGGCCGGCUUGAUUCUUUUCGCAGACUUACUAAGAAUGAACCCAAAUAACAGAAGCGAGACUACAAUGCGUGUCACUGAAGAAGCCCUUGUGGAAAGCAACUUAGACCCACGUCUUAUUCUAUUCUUGGUCCCUUUUCUAGCAGAGGAGGUCCUUCAAGCGAAAACAGGAAUUUGGGUUCACCAAGGCCUGGCUCGCGAAGCGGAAUUCUAUCUCGGUCAUUUGUCCGAAUCCAAAGCUACGCCCGAAGUUCCUGAUGAUGCGUUACUAAACAUGUUGAAACGGUUUCUUAGUGCCUGGCAAAGGAAAAGAGGCUACGGGAGUGUGACAGACGAAACAAACGUAUUUGAUAGUGUGGAUGCAGCUCUGCUGCACUUGAUCCUGGAACAAGAAGCGCGAAUCAGGAGAGCGUCACAGCCAGUGACAAGAGCCACCCGCAACGAGUUGAACGGAUUGGUAGAUGACUGGAAAGGAAGCUUCGAUCGUGCAGUCUCGCUAUUGGAGCGAUAUCAUCGGCUUUUCAUUCUUAGUCGACUUUAUCAAAGCCGCAAAAUAUCCGGAAAGGUUCUCCGAACCUGGCAAAGAAUUGCCAAUGGGGAGAGAGAGGACGAUUCAGAUGUCACGGUUGCCGCAGUGGAAGUACAUGUUCGAAAAUAUCUUUCCAAACUACGCGAUUCGCAACUGGUUGAGGAAUAUGGAUCGUGGCUGGCAUCACGGAACCCUAGCUUGGGUAUCCAGGUGUUUUCGGAUGACAGUGCAAAAGUCAAGUUGGAACCCGACAAGGUUGUACAGUUGUUAAAGAAGCGAGCGCCAAAUGCCGUUCAGGACUUCUUGGAACAUCUUGUUUUUUCCAAAAACCAUACUCAAUACGCAGAUGAUCUCAUUGCAUACUAUCUCGACACGGUCAUUAAUGUUUUGCAAUCGUCUACUGAAGCGCGCAUAUCUCUGAGAGACUCAUAUUCUACUUACCGUGCUCUACGACCACCUAAGCCUACUUAUCUUGCUUUCAUCAACGAAAACACCCCACAAGAGAGCUGGUGGCAGUCACGUCUGCGACUGUUACAGUUGUUGGGAGGGCCAAGUACCGCUUUCACAUCUAGUGCCGGGGCCAGCAAUUUGUCAUACUCUGUCUCAGCCGUGCUUGCCCGUAUCGAGCCAUUUCAAAAUGAGUUGGUGUCUGAGAGUAUCAUUCUAGAUGGUCGUCAAGGGCGACAUAAACAGGCGUUGAGACUUUUGACUCACGGCCUCGGAGACUACGAUUCCGCAAUUCGAUACUGUAUCUUUGGAGGAAUAUCAAGCUCUCAGCCUGCAGCUACGAUUUCUUUACCACCACCUUCCGAUGAUGUUGCAUAUACAGAGCCGGCCGUAUUAUUCAAGUAUCUGCUAUCGGAAUUCCUCCAGAUCGAGGAUGUAUCGGACCGAAUUGAGAGAACUAGUGAUUUACUCGCUCGUUUCUCGCGCUGGUUUGACGUCAAUGAGGUACUGGCUACGGUUCCAGACGAUUGGAGUGUUGAUAUCCUCAAUGACUUCCUUGUGCAUGUCUUCCGGGACCUUGUCUCCCAGGGAAGAGAGACACGGGUGCAAAAGGCGUUGAGUGCUAGCCUUAAUCUUCGGGUAAGCGUCGAAUACUCGGAGAACGUGGAAAAGCGAGGAGGUUGGAUUGAAGAUGAUCAGGGGUUGAGGAGUCUAAAAGCCGCGGCUUUAACAAGUGGUCAAAUACAUGGCAAUGACCCUGACGAUGAUUUUGGGGAAAUGAUUGAUGCGAGGUAG